AUGGCGGCCGUGCUGCCAUCGGUGGCCCUGCAGGUGCAGGCGGAGGUACCGGCGCUCACUCGUCGGCGUGCCCCCGGGCCGGGUACGGAUGGACAUUUGGCCUCCAAGAAGGCGGUGCUGCUGCCCAGCGCUGCGGCCGGCUGUAGCCUUUCGCUGUUAGCGCGAAGGCGCUCGGGCAGGUGCUCACGUGCAUCCGUGUUGCUUGCCCAGCGGCGGCAGCUAGCAGGGGAUGAGGCAGAUGGCGCAUAUUUCAAGCCCCUGGUCGAUGGCGACGUGCUGACCGCUUCGAAUCCGCAGCGUCUGGUGGUCGCCGUUAUGGUAGUGCUGCUGCUCCUCGGUCUGCUGCGCGUGUGGGCGCUCCUGGGUUCUCUGAGCUGGCAGACCUCCGUCUGCUGCCUCUUGGCCGUCGUGCUGGGCGUGGAGUUCGCCGACUUCGGCACGGGCGUCUACCACUUCUCGGUUGACAACUACGGAUCUGCGCAGACACCCAUUGUCGGAUCGCAGAUAGAGGCCUUCCAAGGCCACCAUGAGGAGCCGUGGACCAUCACCUACAGAGACUUCUGUAACAACUGCUUCCCGACCUGCCUGGCAACAAUGCCCUUCUUGAUCGCCUUCGAGGUAUUCUGCAGCCAGCCGUAUGUUCUGCUCUGGGCUCUCAUCGCCUGCGCAGGCAUCGGCUUCUGCCAGGAGUUUCACAAGUGGAGCCACACGCUGCGCUCCCAAUGCCACCCAGUGGUGAACUGGCUACAGGACGUUGGUAUCCUGGUGCACCGGAAAGUGCACCUACGCCACCACAAGCCCCCGUACGAGACCAACUACUGCAUCGUGACGGGUCACAUGAACCCCCUCCUGGACAGGACCGGCUUCUUCACGGGUCUGGGAGCGAUCAUCGCAAGUUGGACCGGCGUUCGGCCGCGCUGCGAGACGGGGGAGCGCUUCGACUACUUGCUCAAGCGCCGGUCGAAGUGA